AUGAAAGAUGCGUAGAAUUAUAUAAGAAAAGAAUUUACACUGUCCAUAAUAUUGAAGAAGAUCCAAAUUUUUUGGCCGGCUAUACCGUUCACUUUCAAACUUGACCCUUUUAACACAACCUGGAAAGCUCUUACAUUCACAUAGGAAAACAAACGGAAUUAACAGAAAAAACUCCGCCAGACCUUCUUCAAUUCCCUCUCCCUUCACCCCCAAUGAAUUCAGCUGCUGCCUCUUAUGAUGAAGAGGCCAUCCUGUUGAAGCUCCAAAAUGCCCAAUCCAACCUUCUCGCUGUUCUUGCUGAAUCCUCGGAGCUGAACAGAAACCUGGCUGCUGGUGAUAAGCGCCUUUCCUUUGGCCUUGAGACUGUCGCUGCUGCAUCUGAUGCUGUUGCGCCUCUACAGACCCAGCAUAUUGCCGCGAAAGCACUUCGCUCGCGCAUCAACCGUGCAGUCUCACCUGCUCUCUUGGUUCUUGACAAUUUUGCACUUGUUGAGUCCCUCCAGCGUCGUCUCCUCUCACUCUCUGAUGAUACAAGCACCAGGUAUGUCUAUAAAUCUGGAAAACUAUAUGAUAGUUACUGUUUACUGGAUAAUUGUGCAUCAAAAGAAAAAAGAAGCAUCGAACUAAUGCACUAA